AUGCUUUUCCGGAGUGUUUCAUGUAAGAAUUACCAAAGGGGCGGAUGGAGCCCAGGAUCGAAACAUCAGAAACAUAUGACACUGAACCCAACGUUGUACCUUUACCGCUUCCCGGGUCCACACGGCCCAGGACCGUACACUAUGAAGUACUGGUGGACACUGGGGUGUUUUCCUACUGGUAUGGAGGUGCCAUUCCGGCUACACGAAUUUCUUUCAACGUAUCAACAGGAACACGUACCUGUUGAGGUGGAGGAGUGGCUUCGUUGCUACAUAAAAGAUCCCCUUAGCGAGCUUGUCAACGCUUCUAACGAUUUCUUUAAAGCUGUGGAAGUGUACCCAGAGGUUGAAUCAGCACGUGGAUACAAGACGUUGCAACCCAGUAUUGCUCCUCUCCUCGUUCCGAUGAAAAAAUUCGAGGAGCAACUUGGGGUUAAGAUAUCCCCUGUUGGUCUCAGAUCCGUACUAUCCAACCCCGUUUUAAAAGACCGGUUUCUAGACGAUCUGUUUGAUUAUAAGUCUUAUGUUGAAAAGGGUGGGAGCACGCCUCACCGGCGGCUGGCGAGGAGUCGUUUCGAAGGGUCACUUUCUGUAUUAGGGGAAUGCGAAAAAUGCUUGCCUGAACAACAUCAAGUGGAGAUCAGCGAAAGUUUAGGUACAUUUAUCGGGGCCACAGUGUCCCCCGCUGAGACGACGGCAGAUGAUGAAAGAAGCCUAAUUCUUCUGCUCACGACCAUUUCAGAAGGGUGCAUUAAUGCUGGUAACUAUAGCGAUGCAGCAUCCGUGCUAGCUGACGCCUUAAUGUUUUGUCAUGAUCCUGAUUCCCAGGCCACUACUCACGCUAAUAUCUCAUUUGCUUCACUGUUAAAUGCUGACUUCAAAGGUGCAGAGUACAACGGGAGAGAGGCGGCGUUGCUGCAGCCACAGGUGAAGCCAACGAGCACCGCUUGCGCAAGGGGUUACGUGGGAUGGGCGGCGGCGGCAGCAUAUCAAGAUGACUUUGAGAAAGCUGAGGCGAUCGUGAAGGAUGGUCUCACUUUGUAUGUUGGAAACGAACAUCUUGAAAAACUAGCGAACAAAUUGCAGGCAUUACGUGAAGAGCAGCCAUCCGUCUAUAAACAGGUGCCGCGUUCUUUAAGAGAGAGUCGGUCUCACCUUCCUUCACAACAGUCGCGGGGGUUGCUUAGUGGAAGUGGAAAGGGGUUCAGCAACGAGUUUGAUUGGGUGGAGUUCAAAAAUAAGCUAUAUCCCAGUAAGAUGGAUCCACGGAACAAUGAAAUGGGGUCUGUAUUUCGACGGGUUGGGGACCUGGGAUCUUUUAUUUCCACAUCGAGAUCGAUGGAGAGGUUAUGA